AUGUGCCUGGGCCUCAUGCACCCUCUGAGUGCAUGUGCGUUCUUUGUGCGUCCACAGCUCAACAAUCACAUGAUGUCGACAGCUACAGCAGAAGAGCUACACUACGCUAGCAUCAACUUCUCCGCCAUCGCCACGGCAACGGCGAGACCGAACCAGGAAGUCACCACCAAGACCGAGUACGCAGAGAUCAAGAGAGAGACCGUCCAACAGAGGCCAGUUGUAGAUGAAGAAGAGGAGGGGAAGAUGGAGGAGGUGGCGGCCAUGACAGAGGACCAGGAGGAGAAGGACCAGCAGGAGAAGGACCAGGAGGAGGAGGAGGCGUCGGUCUACUGCAACGUGGAGGAGAUAAUGUCUGAGUGA